AUGUUCAAUGGAACGUGGAAAGAGAAGGAUGAGGUGGAGAUUGCCGAUUCCUAUGCUGCUGCUUUUAAGGAAUUUCUCCAGUUUUUCUACUUUGGACAAGUCCAGUUGACGACCGAAAAUGUUUCCAAAGUGAUGUAUCUCGGCGAGAAAUACAAUGUGGCCGAGUGUUUGGUGGUGUGCAGCAAAUUCGUGAAAAACAAUCUCAACGAUGACAACGUUUGCCGAAACUAUGGAUUGGCGACACUCUUCAACCAAGAAGAUUUGAAGCGGUCAUGUGAAACGGUUAUCGGACUCAACACAAAUGCUGUUCUCAACUCAAUCGAUUUUCUGUCAUGCGAUCCAAAAGUGUUGGCCAAGAUUUUGAGACUGAAUUGGUUGUCAUGUACAGAAGUCGAGCUUUUCGAGGCAUGCAUGUCUUGGGUGAAAACAGCUACCGAGAAAAAUGAUCUAACCAAGGAACUAGUACAAGCUCAACUCGGUGAUUCACUUUAUAAUAUUCGAUUUGGAUCGAUGUCAUUCGAAGAAUUUGGAACGCUGGUUCCGACAUACGGUCAGUUAUUCACGACUACUGAAUAUGUGGACAUCAUUCAAAUGAUUACAAACAAAGAAUUUCAAUCAAAUAAGUUUAACCAAAAUCGUGAGAAACGCUGUGAUUCGGAUUCACCUGGAUUUAUGUACGAAAUUCGAUUAGAGCAAAAUCCACCGGAAAAUUGUGCAAUUGGUGUUCUACUAAAAUCUAAAGUUGAAAUUAUGGAUUUUAUCACUAUCCAAUUUUAUGAUGACCCAUUGAUACCGGACGAUAUUUCCCCAACAGGUUUAAUAUAUCAACUUGAUUUCUGCCAAAUUGAAAAGUUAUAA